UGCGCAUGCGCUGAUAGAGAAGCGGAAGCAUGUCGAUAGAAGACCCGUUUUUCGUUGUGAAGGGGGAGGUGCAGAAGGCCCUCUCUCGUGCUCGGGGCCUGUUUGAUAGGUGGGAGGAGCUGCUGCAGGAUGGGACACAGGUCAGUCGGGAUGAGCUGGACUGGAGUGCCAAUGAACUGAGGAACUGUUUGAGGGCCAUAGACUGGGACCUGGAGGACCUCAGUGAAACCAUCAGUAUUGUGGAGUCGAACCCAGGGAAGUUCAGACUGGGGGACAAUGAACUUCAGGAGAGGAGAGACUUUGUGGAACGAACCAGGAAAUCUGUCCAGGAGAUGAAGGAUCAGCUGUCCAGCCCUUCUGCUGUGGCUCAGGCAGAGAAGAAGAACAGACAGGCUCUGCUGGCUUCACCAGGCCAGGACAGGUCAACAGGACUGGAGGCUCAUCUGGUGUCUGCAAACUCCAGAUACAUCCAGGAGCAGCAGGAGCAGCAGCAGCUUAUCAUGCAGGAGCAGGAUGAGCAGCUGGAGUUGGUGUCGGGCAGCAUCCGAGUCCUUAAAGACAUGUCAGGACGCAUUGGAGACGAGCUUGACGAACAAGCUGUUAUGUUGGGAGAUUUUGGAGACGAGAUGGACCAGACAUCGUCCCGCAUGGACUCCGUCCUGAAGAAGCUGGAGAAGGUGUCUCACAUGACCAGCAGUCGGAGGCAGUGGUGUGCGAUUGGUGUGCUGGUCACCAUCAUGAUCGUGGUCCUCAUCCUCUUCUUUACCCUCUGAUGUCAGUGACCUCCGACCUCUCGACUACACUCACCGACUCCUCCCUGUCAGGAACGGCUGUAUGGACGGACAGAAACAGGAAGAGGGACGUGUCUCUCCUCCGUCCCCUCCCGUCCCUUCUUUUCUUCACACCGAGGAGAAACUGGAGAGGAGAAACGUAAAACUCCACUCUCUGCUUUUAAUGAUUCUGGUGGGGCAAAAAAAAAAAAGAAAAACCUGCUGGUGACUGUCAGCAGCAGAGCUUAGCCGCGGGGAGACCCUGGUGGUAACAUGUAUUUCAGAUUGGUACACUUAAGUUAUUGCUGAAAGUAAUGGUACUAAGCGGGAAGGUCAAGACAGGAAGCUGAUGCAGCAGGUCAAAAACACAAAUCUGCUAAAAAAGUU